AUGCGCGUCGACCCAUCCGCCAGCCUGGCCCUGGUCCUCCUGGGCGCCGCGGCCCGAGCCAUGGACGCCGCCGCCUGCCCGCCUCUUCACCUGAUCGUGGCGCGCGGGACCGGCCAGCCCCCCGGCUACGACAAGCUCAUCACCACGGUCAACCAGAUCAAGUCCGACCGCCCGGGCACCACCUCCGAGGCCCUCGACUACCCCGCGUGCGGCGGCAGCCCGUCCUGCGGGGGAUACCCCUACCAGGAUUCGGUGAGGAUAGGCGUCGCUGCUGCGGUGCGGGCCGUCGAGGGCAUGCACCGGCGCUGUCCGCAGACCAAGCUGGUCGUCAUGGGGUACUCGCAGGGCGGAGAACUCUUUGACGACGCCCUCUGCGGCGGCGGCGACGUCAAGAUCCCCGACCGCCAGGUGCCGCUCUCCGACGGAGCGGUCAACAUGAUCAAGGCGGCCAUCUUCAUGGGCAACCCGCGCUUCCAGUCUGGGUUUUCCUACGAAGUCGGGACUUGCCGAGGCGGCGGUUUUGACGCCCGCCCGCGGACCUUUGGAUGCCCAAAGCCCACCGCAUCCAAGAUCCAGUCCUACUGCGACCUUGGCGAUCCGUACUGCUGUCGAGGCCGCAUCAAGGACGAGGGCGUCCACGCGCGGUAUGUGCAACGGUAUGAGAAAGCCGCGCUCACUUUCAUCUACCGCAAGCUGGACGAGAAGUAG